UCGAUUUGCUUAGAUGUUAUAACAGAUUCGACUUAGUUGUAGUCAGUUGUAGAGCAGCCGUUCGCAGAAAGUACAAAAAAUUAAUAAUAAAAAUUUUGUAGAUUUUCUACCUUUCCGGCAAAAUUCAACAAAUCGAAUUUAAAUCAAAUUAAAAUUCAAAAAAAGAAAAAGAAUAAGAAAAGAAAAUUGGCCAUGGCUGUGAAUGUGUAUUGCACAAAUGGAUCAGAUAACCUAUCCCGGCAUGAAAUGCUGUCUUGGCUGAAUGGAUGCAUGCAGUCGCAGUUUAACAAGAUCGAAGAACUAUGCACUGGAGCUGCCUAUUGCCAGUUUAUGGACAUGAUGUUCCCCAACUCGGUGCCCCUGAAGCGGAUCAAGUAUCGAACCAAUUUGGAGCAUGAAUACAUCCAGAACUUCAAGUUACUGCAGGCCGCCUUCAAAAAGAUGAACGUGGAUAAGGUGAUACCCAUUGAUAGACUCGUGAAGGGUCGUUUCCAGGACAACUUUGAGUUCUUGCAAUGGUUCCGCAAAUUUUUCGGGGCCAAUUGCAAUGGUCGGAAAUAUGAUGCUAUGGCGGCACGUGAUAAUCAAGUCAUGGGCUUUGGGGCUGGCCCACUUUCCAGUACAUGCAAAACUGGACGUGCUACGCCACGUUCGAUUAUAUUGAACAAGGAUCUUGAUCUGCUGUCAUCUGAAGUUCGGCCACGUGUACCACCAUCUGGGCGCUCCAAGAGCUUGUCCCACGGUCAUAUUAUUCCAGAGCUGUUCGACGAAAUCAAACAGAUGCGUAUUCAAGUUCGUGACAUUGAGAAGGACCGCAAUUUUUAUUUCUCCAAGCUGCGCGACAUUGAGAUCGUGUGCCAGGAGACGAACGACAAUGAUAUGCAGCCAUUUACUCAACGCAUUCUGGACAUACUCUAUCACACAACUGAAGGAUAUGCUAGCCCACUUGAAGUGAAGAAUGAAAGUGAAAACUAACUUUUUACUCUGAAAUGCCGAAAACCACACACUAGACAUGAGUAAAACAAUAAGUUGCUCCCUCCUUCCCGCCAUUACGAUAGGUGAAAACCAAACCUUAAAGACAUCUGAACGCCACGCACACAUACACACAAUGCUACACACAAAACAAAACCGAUAUCCCUUAUAUAUAUGGAGUGCCAAGAUUUUCCAAAACAUUCUUUAUCACAUUUUCGAACUUAAUACUAACGAAAUUUUACAAGUCAUUACUCAAAAAUUAUGUAAAUUUGUUUUUAAAUACAUUCGAAUGCAAAUCAUGCUGUUACUAAAAUA